UCCGCCCUCAGUGAAGAUGGCGGCGGCGGCGGCGGCAGUCCAGGCUUCGGCGCGGCGUUUCCUUCGCCUGCCCCCGGCUUGGUCCUGCCGCUCCUGCCAGACUUGCCGGGCGGCCUCCCUGUCCUCCGCGCGGGUGCGGCAGAGCUUUAUUCGGUUCUUCCAGGAGAAGUAUGGGCACCAGGUGGUGGCAUCGUCCCCUGUGCGACCGCGGGCGGAUCCCGGGCUGCUCUUCGUCAACGCGGGGAUGAACCAGUUCAAGCCCAUUUUUCUGGGCACAGCAGAUCCCCGGAGUGAGAUGACACGUUACCGGCGAGUGGUGAACAGCCAGAAGUGUGUGCGUGCAGGUGGGAAGCACAAUGAUUUGGAAGAUGUGGGCCGAGACGUUUACCAUCAUACAUUCUUUGAAAUGCUGGGGAACUGGUCUUUUGGAGAUUACUUCAAAGAAGAAGCCUGUAAAAUGGCAUGGGAGCUUUUAACAGAAGUCUAUGAAAUCCCAAAGGAUCACCUCUAUGUGACCUAUUUUGGAGGCAAUGCCGCACUUGGUCUGAGUGCAGAUGAAGAGACCAGGGAAAUUUGGCUUAACCAGGGGCUGUCUCCCAGCCAUGUACUUCCCUUUGAAAUGAAAGACAAUUUCUGGGAAAUGGGCGAUAGUGGCCCCUGUGGCCCCUGCACAGAAAUCCAUUAUGAUCACAUAGGUGGUGGCAGGAAUGCAGCAGCAAUGGUGAACAAGGGCAACCCCGACGUGGUGGAGAUUUGGAAUUUGGUUUUUAUGCAAUACAACAGGGAGGCAGAUGGACGGCUACAUCAGUUGCCUCAGCAUCACGUUGACACAGGAAUGGGCCUGGAAAGGUUGAUGACUAUCCUGCAGAACAAGCGCUCAAAUUAUGACACUGACCUCUUCACGCCAAUCCUGGAUGCAAUCCAUAAGGGUUGUGGUGGGCCCAACUACCAGGGCUUGGUUGGAGAAGCCGACGCUGGUGGUGUGAACAUGGCCUACAGAGUGGUGGCAGAUCACGUGCGAACCCUGUCCAUAUGCAUAGCUGAUGGUGUUUAUCCAGGCAUGUCUGGUGCCGAGCUUGUUCUGCGUCACAUCUUGCGUAGGGCUGUGCGAUUUUGCUCUGAGGUUCUCCAUGGUUUCCUGGCCAACUUGGUUCCUGUUGUUGUAGAAAUCCUGGGAGAUGCUUAUCCAGAGCUACACAGGGAUACAGACAAGGUUAUGAACAUUAUCAGUGAAAACGAGGCUGCAUUUCUGUCUUCCCUCAUGCAGGGACGCCAUGUCAUAAACAGAGCACUGCAGCAGAUGGAUCAUUCCAAAGUCUUCCCAGUGGAAAUUGCCUGGUCCCUCUAUAGCAAUUUGGGAUUCCCCCUGGAUCUCAUUGCCUUAAUGCUUGAAGAAAAGGGAGUGCAGUUGGAUAAGGCUGCUUUGGACUGUCUGGCACAGGAAGAUGCUGAACGCAAAGCUCGAUCCCAACAGGAGCAGAGUGCUAGGAUGUUGCUAGAUGUACAUUCAUUGGCUCAGUUACGACGAGAUGGUGUGCCUUCAACUGACGAUUCUUUCAAGUAUGCUUAUGAAAUUGGGAAAGAUGGAAGAUAUGUGUUCAAGCAAUGCAAAGCUACUGUCUUGAUGCUGUACAAAGAUGGCUCUCUUCAGAAAGAAGUCAGCGGAGGAGGGCAACGCUGUGGGGUCCUCCUGGACCAGACUUGUUUCUAUGCUGAGCAGGGUGGCCAGGCACCUGAUCAAGGCUACAUGGUGUGUGGUGGGCAGCAGGACACAUUUUUUCCUGUGGUAUCAGUGCAAGUUUCUGCUGGUUAUGUGAUCCAUGAAGUGAUCGCUUCUGAGGCCCUGAAGGCUGGAGACCAAGUGCAACUCUUUGUUGAUGAGGCCCACAGGAUGGCUUGCAUGGUGAACCACACAGCCACCCACUUGCUCAACUUUGUGCUCCGUCAGGUCUUGGGAGAGAGCACAGAGCAGUGUGGGUCCCAUGUAACAGCUGAACAUCUGCGGUUUGAUGUCAGAACACAGGUCCCAGUAAAGACAGAACAUCUCCAAGAAGUAGAAAAUGUGAUUCAGGAGAUAAUAAAAAAGAAUGAAGUUGUCUGUACUGAAGAAGUUCCCCUCAAGCUGACAAGUGAUAUUCAAGGACUCAGAAAACUGGAUGACGUGUAUCCAGACGUCGUGCGGGUGGUGUCAGUGGGAGUUCCAGUGAAGAGAGCAUUGGUUCGUGAGUCUAAAGAUGCCAUGCAUACCUCUGUGGAGCUGUGCUGCGGAACGCACCUUUUGCGAACAGGAGCUAUACAAGACUUCACAAUCAUCUCUGAGAGACAGCUGGUUAAAGGGAUAAGCCAUAUCAUUGCACUAACUGGAGAGCAAGCCAAGAAGGCUCGGGAAGAUGGCCGGACCUUUGCUAAGGAGGUGGAGUCUCUUACUAUUCGGGUGAAACUGGGAGGAGCCACAAUUGAUGAAGCACAGAGACUUUCCAAGGAGGUUGGCUACCUGACAGUUACGGUGUACAAUACUGCAAUGCCUCAUUGGCAGAAAAGAGAACUCCAGGCCACUCUGAAAGCUCUGCAGAGAGCCGCCAACACUGCAGUCAGAAAACUGGAAACCAGACUGGCUGCUGAGGAGGCACACAAACUGCUGGCAAAGUAUUCCAGGGAGGCAAUCAUCGUCGACACCAUCGCUGUUGAGUCACCCUCUAUCCUGAUGAAAGUUGUCAACCAACUCUGUGCAAAAAUACCGGCAGCUUCAGUGAUGUUAUUGAGUCCACAAACUUCUGGCCAGGUGUUUUGUGCUUGCCAAGUAUCCAAGAAUUCCUUGCCCACAUUUUCUGCCUCUGACUGGGCCCUGUCUGUCUGUACUCAAAUGGGAGGCAAGUCUGGUGGUUCUGAAGUUGUAGCCAAAGGCAUGGGAAACACCAAUGGCUUGCAAAGGGCCCUGGCUACAGCUCAGGAAUACGCAAAGGAUAAAAUCUGAUCCUCUCUUCCCCUUCUGGGAAGCUGGUGCAAGGAGACAAAAGCUGGACAGCCAUUUGACUAACUUGAGGAUUCUUUUUGAGUUCUGCAAGCAAUGACUGUGUUUCGUUAGCUGCUUGUUACUGUUGUGUUUCAAGCUUCCAAUCUAUCUUGGAUUGUACUUUCUCAAAGACCAUCAAAAUUUUAGGAUAAUCCAAAUUGUCCUGACCCAUGUGUGCAAGCAGAAGGAGUAUUGAUCUCUCCAAAAACUAAUUUCUGCAUUUGAGAACAAUCAUGUAAAAGAAACCCCAAGGGACUUCAUUGCUCAGCCCAAUGAGCACAAGAUGAGAUGGUGGUAGAUACUGGCACCAUAAAUCUGCUAUUCUGUGUAACAAAGCCUGCCUUGAUGACAAAAUGAAAGGAACUGUAUAGUACUGCAAUACUAGUAAUAAAGACUAAAGAAAGGGCUAAAA